AUGUUGGAACUUUUAGCAUCAUACAAUGAACAAGUAGGUGCUCUUGUUUUGGAUAAUGCUCCACAAAAUGCUAAAUACACUUUGCAUCAAAUUCAAAAAGAAAUUUUACAUGUCUUUGCUAGAAAUGUUCAGUCUUCAAUUCGUCAUGACAUUGGUGAUGCAAGAUUUUGCUUAAUUGUUGAUGAAGCUCGAGAUGAAUCCAGAAGAGAGCAAAUUGCCCUUGUUAUAAGGUUUGUUGAUAGAAGUGGAUUUAUACGAGAACAAUUUUUGGAUAUAGUUCAUGUCAAAGAUACAACUGCUUCAACUCUUAAGAAAGAGAUUUCCUUUGUUUUAUCUCAUCACAAUCUUGAUGUUCAAAAUAUUAGGGGCCAAAGGUAUGAUGGUGCUAGUAAUAUGCGUGGGGAGUGGAAUGGAUUGCAAGCUUUAUUCAUUAAUGAUUGCCCUUAUGCAUAUUAUGUACAUUGCUUAGCUCAUCAAUUACAAUUGGCUUUUAUUGCUGCAGCUAGAGAAAUAUCUGAUGUUCACACUUUCUUUCAGAACUUGAUUUUUAUUAUUAACAUUGUUAUUGCUUCUUGCAAGCGUAAUGAUGAAUUACGGGCUUUUCAAGUAGCUACAAUUGAACAUUUAGUUGAUAUUGGUGAGAUUGAAACGGGUAAAGGAAUUAAUCAAGUAGGUGGUUUGCAACGACCUGGAGAUAGCAGAUGGAGUUCGCACUUCAAAUCAAUUUGCAGUUUGAUAAAAAUGUAUGGGGCAACUUGCUUGGUUCUUGAAAACAUCGCUUUAGAUGGAUCUACUUAUUCUCAACGUGGUGAUGCGGCUUUUUCAUUUAAGUUGCUAAUGUCAUUUGAUUUUGCAUUCAUCUUGCAUAUAAUGAAGAAUGUUAUGAGAAUUACUGAUGUGCUUUGCCAAGUUUUGCAACAGAAAUCUCAAGACAUUUUAAAUGCUAUGCAUUUGGUGACUACCACAAAGACUUUAAUUCAGAAGUUAAGAGAUGAUGGCUGA